CCAAAAUAAAAUCCCCUCCUCCUUCACUUUCUCUCUCUCUUAGGAAAAAUAUUUUUCUUAAAAAAAAAAAAAAUCAAUUCCAUGGAGAUGACGUCAGCAAGUAGAAGUGGGGGUGCGGCGAAGAGGCUGUGGCACAUCGUGAGGCUGUUGUUCUUGGGCUUCUCCAAGAACAAGCUCAUGGUCGACCUCCACCUCCUCCUCAAGCGUGGAAAGAUCGCCGGAAAGGCCCUUACCCAGCUCCUCAUCCACCACCACCACGAUCACUACCACCACCGCAGCCACCGCCACCAGUACCAUGGCGGCGGCGGUGCCGCCUCCAUGUACUCUGCCCUCACCUGCCGGUCCAUGGACCCCGACCUCGCCUUCUACAACCCCCGGGAGGUCCAGUUCAGCUGCAGCAACACCCCCUCCUACCCCACCUUCCGCCGCCACCGCCGCCGCCACCACCGUUACGACGACGACGAAGACGACGCGGCCUUCGCCAAGGCGCUUGAAACUCUCUACGCCGAGGCGGAUAUCGAAGAAGAAGAAGAAGACUACUCUGCUUCGGCGGCGGAGUCGCCGGCGAUUUGGAAGAGCCCGUCCGCUCCGGUGAGGCAGCUGAGGGUCACCGACUCGCCGUUCCCGCUGAAGGAGGAGGAAGGGGAGGUGGACGGGCGGAUCGACCAGAAGUCGGAGGAGUUCAUCAAGAAAUUCCACGAGCAGCUGCGCCUCCAGCAGAUGAUUAGCCCGGUACCGGUGGUCGCGCCGGAGUACAUGCAUCACCGCCGACGGCGCGACGUACCGUUAAUGAUGGGACGAGCUUAAUUAUUAGUUUUAAUUAAGUUGAGGUUAAGUUUAAUUUCUCGAUCCGUGUGUGAAUAAACAAUAUAUAUAUCGUAUAAUGAGAACAAGUUAUAAUUAGAGUUGCGA